AUGCAUGUUUUCGAGAGAGCAUUGCCUUUGGCUUUGACUGUCUUUUGCGGUGUGGUUGGAGGUAGCAAUUGCCCGCAGGGACGGGAGAAGGAGAUCGCUGUCUUUGGACGGACCUAUCUGGAGAAAAUGUUCUCGACUUCAAGUAUCUACACCCCAAACUACUGUACCUAUUUCUUUCACAGAGCUCAAAUAACAUCACCGACCUUUUCUAUAAGAUCUCCCAGUCUGAGGCGCAUCUGGUUCUCCUCCCACCAUCCCACUCCUCUAUCAAUCUUGCUGCCAAACAGGAUUAAGGCCAUAUCCUAUUCGCGAAUGAAUCGAAUCCAGUUCAAUAAUAAUGAGACUAAGUGUUACUUGUGUCACAAGACUACUGAAAAGGGCUGCAUACAGCUCAGCACCGAGGUCAAUGUUCUCAACUUCGCCAUCAUCAAUCCUGUUCAUGUCACUGAGAUCGCCCAGCGAGCCCUCGACGUCUACGGCCAGCUUUUGCGCUGA